AUGGCUGAUGAUCUCGACGCUGAGUUGCUUGCGUUGGCGGGUGAUGACGCCUCCGAUGAAGAGGCCUCUCCCCCGCCUCGCAAGCAACCCUCUGAAUCUCCCCCUCCUUCAUCUUCCCCACGUUCCCCCGAACCAACAUCAACCAUGGCUCGCAAAGGUACAGCAAAACCAGUGCGUCGUCCUCGCAAGUCGCGUCGCGAAGAUGACGAGGAGGAAGAUGGAGAAGUGUCCGCCGCUGAUUCUCUCAACUCAGCCAGCAUGUCUGAAUCAGAAGCAGCAUCAGAUUCCGAAGGCUCGGAUGCACAGGUCGAAGAUGAUGGCCCGAUUUUCCCUUACGAGAAGCUCUACCUCUCCGCCAAAGACAAGCAGGAGAUCAUGGCCAUGCCAGAAAUUCAGAGGGAGCAGAUCCUGUCUGAGCGUGCGCAGGAGGUAGACCGCCACAAUCAGGAUCUCGCGCUUCGCCGUCUUCUGGCCUCUCGUGAGAAGGAGGAGGCACGCAAGGCGAAGAAAAAUAAGCGCAAGGCCAGUGUUGCCAAUCUGGACGAGGGAGCCCGUAAGAGCUCUCGACAGAAGACAACACUUGGUGGUCGCAAAGUCGGCGAGGCUUCAGAGGCUAUCGAAGCCUAUAAACGACAGCGCGAGCAGAAAGGGAAGCGUGACGAACUGCGCCGGCGGGACACAGCGACGAGGGAUCACAAAUCCCGAUCGCGGGUCUCCGAUGAGGAUGCAGACGGGGAGAGCGAAGUCGAGUGGGACGACCGCGAGCGCUCGCCGUCGCCACCAAAGGAUGAUCCUCCUGCAGAGCUGCGUGAUAUCCAGCGAGCCCGAGUUGGCAGGACAAACUUUGCCCAAGUCUGUUUCUACCCUGGCUUUGAAGAAGCUAUAUCUGGGUGUUACGCCCGUGUCAACAUUGGACCGAACAGAGAUACAGGACUGAAUGAGUAUAGGCUUUGCUUGAUCAAGAGAUUCUCGGAAGGGAAGCCGUAUGCCUUGGAGGGAGCGAAUGGUCGGUCUUUUGUGACAAACCAGUAUGCUGUCCUCGCUCACGGCAAGUCUGAACGCGAGUUUCCAUUCAUUGCUUGCUCCGAUUCUUCGUUCACAGAAGCAGAGUUCAGUCGGUACCGACAGACCAUGGCUGUUGAAGACUGCAAGAUGGCCACACGGUCUCAGGUAGCCAAGAAACUAACAGACAUCAACCGAUUACUGAACCACAAAUUCACGAAUGAGGAACUUAAUGAGAAGUUGCGCAAGCAAGGGUCUUUGGAUUCAAAGAUGACGAUCUAUAAACGUGUUGAGAUCGAAAAGAAGAUAAAGCUUGCGCGGGAGAUUGGCGACGACGCGGAGGUGGAGAGACUGCAAGCCGAGCUUGCCAGCCAGAUCCCCAAGCUCGCCUUUGGUUCCAGCAUGUCCAAGCCACGUGCCGACAAGCUCUCGGAGCACGAGCGUUUGGCCCAAUUAAAUCUGCGGAACCAGAAACUCAACUACGAAAACGUGCGCCGUGCCCAACUUGAAGAGCGCAAGGCAAGCCGAAAGGCCGCUGCCGCCGCCGCUCGCGGCGAAGCUCCGAUCAACCCUUUCCUACGUGUCAAGACUCUAGCGAAGACUCAUCAUGAUGUCAACGGAUCCACGACUAAAACCGAAGAGAAUGGAAGUCGCGGCGGAACUCCUGCUUCAGGCACAUCGAAGGCGAACACGCCUGAUCGGAGCAGCACACCUUCCAACUCUCAGAAGAAGCAAUCUAAAGGAGGCAUAGCCACAAUCCGUCACAAGAACAUGGACGAUGAGAACAUUGCAGCCUUGGACCUGGACAUUGACAUUGACAUCUAA